CCUCAUCUCUUGUGACUCCUCUGUCCAGAGCAGCCCCUUCAGGUUGGGGGGGCUGAAGCCAGGAUAACAAGGGCCCCUGGCCGGCGUGAUGGAUGCCCUGCAGGAGGCGAGUUGGGACAAUGGGAGCACGGCUCCACCUCCGCCCCUCGCACCGAACAUCAGCGUGCCCCACCGCUGCCUGCUGCUGCUCUACCAGGACAUGGGCACCUCCAGGGUCCGGUUCUGGGAUCUCCUGCUGCUUAUCCCCAAUGUGCUCUUCUUCAUCUUCCUGCUCUGGAAGCUUCCAUUUGCUCGGGCCAAGAUCCGCGUCACCUCCAGCCCCAUUUUCAUCACCUUCUACAUCCUGGUGUGUGUGGUGGCGGUGGUGGGCAUGGCCCGGGCCGUGGUGUCCAUGACCGUCAGUGCCUCUGAUGCGGCCACCGUGGCUGACAAGGUCCUCUGGGAGAUCACCCGCUUCUUCCUGCUGGCCAUCGAGCUGAGCGUGGUCAUUCUGGGCCUGGCGUUUGGUCAUCUGGAGAGCAAAUCCAGCAUCAAGCGAGUGCUGGCCAUCACCACUGUGCUGUCGCUGGCCUAUUCUGUCACCCAGGGGACGCUGGAGAUCCUGUACCCGGACGCCCACCUCUCGGCCGAGGACUUCAACAUCUAUGGGCACGGGGGCCGCCAGUUCUGGCUGGUCAGCUCCUGCUUCUUCUUCCUGGUCUACUCUCUGGUGGUGGUCCUCCCAAAGACCCCGCUGAGGGAGCGCGUAUCCCUGCCCUCCCGGCGCAGCUUCUACGUGUAUGCAGGGAUCCUGGCGCUGCUCAACCUGGUGCAGGGUCUGGGGAGUGCGCUGCUGUGUGCCGACAUCAUUGAGGGGCUGUGCUGCGUGGAUGCCACCACCUUCCUCUACUUCAGCUUCUUCGCGCCGCUCAUUUACGUGGCCUUCCUGCGUGGGUUCUUCGGGUCGGAGCCCAAGAUCCUCUUUUCCUACAAAUGCCAAGUGGACGAGGCCGAGGCGCCCGACGUGCACCUGCCCCAGCCCUACGCCGUGGCGCGGCGCGAGGUGGGCCUGGCCGGCGCUGAAGACCCGGGCGCCACUCUCCAGCCGAGAGGCCGCGCCUCGGCGCGCAUGCGCCCUGGGCUGAACCCCAACGCUUACACUCAAUGCGCUUUUCUAACCGUUUCCUUAUGCCUCACGAAUCGCUUGCAUUCCGUGCAAGACAAGCGCUUCGAGUGCAGCUGCACGAGGCCUGGUAGGACUUGCGACUUGGCAGAACUGACGUGA